GGGAGAUAGAGAGACAGACAGAGGGCUACAGGGGGAGACUGGAGGCAGCAGCAGGAGAGGAGGAGGACGACAUCAUCAUCAUCACUGGGGGUCCAUCCACCACAGGCUGGGCCAGAAUGUGAAGGAGCUGGCAGCCUCUCACCUCCCCCAUUCAUACAAAUCUCUCUAUCAUCCUGCCUGCAGUAAGCAUGAGAAGGAUCAGGGCUAAUGCCAUCGCCAUCCUGACUGUAGCCUGGAUCCUGGGCACCUUCUACUACCUAUGGCAGGACAACAAACCCCAUCCUGCAACCUCCAGCAGAUCACCGGGCAGCAGAAGCCGGGCAGCGGCCAGGCAGGAGGGGCACCGAGAGGACAGGACCAGCCCUGGGGCUGUGACGUCAGCCUUGCAGACGGAGAAGGGGAAGCUGAAUGGCUUUGAUGAGAAGUUGUAUCUAUCUUCCAAGUUUCUAAAGGCUGGAGAAGAUCCUUACCGGCAGCAUGCCUUCAACCAGCUGGAGAGUGACAAGCUGAGCAGUGACAGGCCCAUUCGGGACACAAGACAUUACAGGUGCACCUCUGUACAUUACGACAGUGACCUCCCCUCCACUAGUGUCAUCAUUACUUUUCAUAAUGAAGCGCGUUCUACUCUGCUCCGAACUAUUAAAAGUGUUUUAAUCCGAAGCCCUCCGAAUUUAAUACUGGAGAUUAUUUUAGUGGAUGACUACAGCGCUGACCCCGAUGACUGUCAGCUCCUCACUAAAAUACCCAAGGUUAAAUGCUUGAGAAAUAACCGGAGAGAAGGACUGAUCCGUUCACGGGUUCGAGGAGCUGAAGCAGCUGUUGCUGGAAUUCUCACUUUUUUGGACAGCCACUGUGAGGUCAACAAUGAGUGGCUUCAGCCUCUGCUUCAGAGAGUCAAGGAGGAUCACACCCGUGUGGUUAGUCCAAUCAUUGAUGUCAUUAGUUUGGAUAACUUUGCUUAUCUGGCGGCUUCUGCAGAUCUCAGGGGUGGUUUUGACUGGAGUCUUCAUUUCAAGUGGGAACAGAUUCCCAUAGAACAGAAGAUGUCCCGCACAGACCCAACCUCCUCAAUACGAACUCCUGUCAUUGCCGGCGGUAUAUUUGUGAUUGACAAGUCAUGGUUCAACCAGCUGGGAAAGUACGAUACUCAAAUGGACAUCUGGGGAGGGGAGAACUUUGAGCUCUCCUUCCGGGUCUGGAUGUGCGGAGGUAGCUUAGAGAUUGUUCCCUGCAGCCGUGUGGGUCAUGUGUUUAGAAAGCGUCACCCCUAUGAAUUUCCUGAUGGCAACGCUCUGACCUAUAUCAAGAACACCAAACGCACGGCAGAGGUUUGGAUGGAUGAAUAUAAACAGUAUUAUUACCAGGCUAGACCUUCUGCCAUAGGAAAAUCCUUUGGAAGUGUGUCUGACAGACUGGAGCUAAGAAAGAAUUUGAGCUGUAAAACAUUCCAGUGGUACCUCCAGAAUGUCUACCCUGAACUGAAGAUACCCGAGAAGGAGGUGAUCACGGGGAUUAUAAAGCAGGGUGGAAACUGUUUGGAAUCUCAGGGACCAGACACGGCGGGAAAUACUCUGGCUGGAGUCGGAAGCUGCAAGGGAACUGCAAGCACUGCCCCGGCCACACAGGAGUGGGUGCUCAGUGACACUUUAAUCCGACAACAAGACAAAUGCUUGUCCAUCACGUCGUUUUCCACAGGAGCCUUGGUCAUGCUCGAACCAUGCAACCAGAAAGACAGCAGACAGAAAUGGAAGUUGAAAGGACACUUCUUGCAGCACUUGAGCAGCGCACAGUGUUUGGAUACCCAUUCCUCCAGGGUCCUGAUCAACCCUUGCCAGUCAGAUCUAACAAGCCAGCAGUGGGAGCUACUCCAAGCAACCUGAACGCUUACAAUCACGACUUUGCAAGGACCUGGUCCACUAAGCAAGGACGCUGGAACAUUUUGAUGACCACCUGCUUCUCACCAUUAAACACAAAGACUCCUUUGUAGGUGGUUAGACACUGCCAGACCAUGGGUGUCAUCACAUGAUAGUGUCAUGUUUUUUUUUUUAAGGGUACCAGCUACUUUUGGAUGUGACAGACACCUUAAAUUCUUAAUUGAUCUGAUACCCCGUUUGGUAAUUUUGGUCCCUUAUUUCUAUGUUGCCAGCAGGUUUACUAAUUCUUUGCACAACAAGGUUUUGUGGAACCCCAGUAGAGAUGUGAUGUUCUUGAGACCAAUGACAUUCUUCAAGGCUAGCAGGAUAUUUCCAUCCUAAAGGAGGUCUCAUAAGUGAUAUGACCAUGUUACAUCUUAACAUGUAGUAAGUGAUAGUUGUUAGAGACCAUCUAAUUUUUGAGAUGGCUUGAGACAUGAUACUCUACAAAUGCUUGUUACAGGCCAUGUGAACAGAAUGAAGAUUCUCAUCUACCCAGAUUUUGUCUUUUUAGGAUGGGAACUGCUGGCCUUUCAUGCUGUUCUGGGGUUCGUCAUACAUGUAGUUCCAAAUGUUAGAGACUCAGACAUGCAACCCUGAGUACUCGUCCCUCUGAUACUUAGCUCUGCACGUUGAUAUGUGGGGGAGUUGUAGCUUUAAUAGUUGUGUGUUACUGUGUAAAUGACCAAACUGAUUGUUCUACAAGUCCUGGUAAAUACAAUAUUUUUUUCCUUUGAAUGGAAACUGUACAGUAUAUUGUAAUAAGCUAAUGCUAACUUACUGUAAGCGGUUCCUCUGGCGCAUUGACUCCAUAACUCAAAUCAGUUGGGCCUUGUCCUGCUUGUUAUCCAGGAAGUCGGGGUGCAUAGGAAUAACAAUUCUGGGGGGGAAAAAAAACAUACAAAAUAUAUAUAAUUUUAGAUA